AUGGAACCGACUUUAACUGAUUCAUCGGAUACCAUUAAUAAUCCUCGCUAUCAACGGGGGUUUUCAGAUACUCUGCGUACCGCUGUCUCGAAGCCCUCCAACAACAAUGAAGAACUUGUAGUUAAUAUGUCAUCUACGAUAGAGACUGUUAAUGAACAUAUGCCAUUAUUCCUAAAUGAUAUUGAUGACUAUGAUUCAAAUGAUGAACCUGACCCAUUCCUUUUGCUUUCUGUCAAAAGACCUCCCCCGAGACCUAAAUACAUUAUAUCACUGUUUUUGAUUGCAGUUUCCGAUUUAAUUAUAAUAUUUGCAUGCACUAUUGCCUCGAUACACAUCGAUAAUUUAGUCCAAUGGGAUCUUUUGGGUUUUGGAAUUCUUCGGGUAUCAGUGGCACUUGUCGUAGCUUCAUCAGAGAUCAGGGGACUAGGUUGGGUUCUUGGUUGUUCAUGCGCGUUAUCUUCUUUAUACAUCCUAUUUAAAUGUAAUUUUAUUUUUCAAUACAAAACACCGAUUCAAAGCUAUUAUCUUUGCCUUCUUGCUUCAUCUUUCAUAUUCUCUCAAUUGCAUUGGAUUGCUUAUAUAAUUGUCACUUCUGACAGCCGUCGUCAAUCUUUAUUACGAAACAGCUACGCACAUUUUGAGGAAGAACAAAGAAACAUUGUAUAUAAAAAUUUUGGUAGUCCUUUGAAUACAUUUAGAAAUUCUUCAACUAGUAGAAAUUCAAGAAAUUACGGUUCAAUUUUUAGUAAUGAUAUUGACCCGUUUGUGGAUGACGGUGGUGUAACUAAUUCCGCAAUCGAAUCAAUUGCAUCAAGACAAGGUUAUAACACUAUAAAAAUUUCAAAGACAGAUAGAAAUCUUUCUUUUUCAGCUUCAUUGCCAAUUCCGAUUGCUUCUUCUGCCGCAAGUUCAGUUAGAAGUUCAAGAUCUUCAAAGCGUUAUAAGAAAAAGAUGCGAAUUCAAAAUGUGCCACCUUUGAAGAAGCAUAAUAAUAAUGAUAUUCCAGAAGAAGCUUCUGCAAGUGAAUCGUUUAAUCAUCAAUUAUCUGAUGCGAAAACCAAAAAAAUUGAUUCUGUUCAUUCUAUGUGUAAUGAAGAUGAUUCUCUUUUAGAUCGUCAGAGUGUAUAUUUUCAACCACCUCAUGAAGACAUUUUAGAAUAUUCAUCCGGUAAUGACAAUCCUGAGAAUGAUUUAGACGAUUCGAUAUCUGUCGAUGUAUCUAAUGAUGUAUCUAAUGAUAUCUCUAAUGAUGCCUCUAAUAUUACCUUUGCCAAUAAGUUACCAACUAAUAAUCGCGCCCACUAUAAAAAACUUGUAAAGUAUCCUAGUGAAAUGGGUAGUAGCCAUGAUGAUGUUAUUUUGGAUAGAUAUGCAGACGCGGAAAUUAUAGGAAGUGCACCGGUUGGUAAUGGUAAAUGGUCUACUUUGAAAAGGAAAAAAGUUGAUAUAGAAAGUUAUCAUUCUAAAGAUUUCGCAAGCGAUGAGUUUGAUACUGUCUCUAAAAACUUGCCCUUAGAUACUCAUAAUUUUAAUGACAAUGAAAACAUGCUUAAUAUUGAACAAAAAAACGAUUCUUUCAAAUUUGAUGCGAUGGCCCCACAUAGUAUUUCUGUGCCUGUCAUGUCACCACGCACCAGUUUGUUAACAAUGGCUUUCAAUGCGGAAUCAUCAAUCGCGCAAGCUACAAAGACAGAUCCGUAUUUGCACGUCUCAACUGAUAAUUCGUCGCUCACGCGUUCAAAUGAUGAAAAUAUAUCAUUAUCAGAAUCGUCAGAAACAGACUUGAAAUCUCCAUUAUCAAAAACUUUUGAAUCUAAUUCACCUCAAACAAAUCGUAAUUCUUUUAUUCCAAAAUUUUCGUCACCAUUAGCGAUUCGUGCGCCGAUUAUAGCAUCAACUGAUGAUCAUUAUGUUAAUCAAAAUACCAAGCAAGAUGAUAACGUUGGUGAAUUCACAAAUGUAAACCCUGCUCAAAAUAUUCGUGACGAACAAAAAGUUAAUAAUAGUAUUCAAACUGUUUACAACCAAAAAACGUCUUCUGAAAUCACAGACUCGUUAUUACCUCCAAUCGAAGAGGAGUUAUCUAAAUCUCACCAGAAUUCAUUACGUUCUACAAUCAAAAAAACGGUUCCUGAUUCAUCUGUUCAUGUAAAACCUACACAUUUGCGUGAAUCUUCAAAUUCUUUGCAAAAGUUAUUUGUUAACACAGCUGUUGGGUUGAAUAGUGAAAAUAUAUCAGAGGACUCGGAUCAAAAGAACGAUAAUUAUACUCAAAAUGACAUUAAUAAAAGAAAAACUAUUUUGUCUGAAAAAUUUAGUUUAGCGAUAAAGAAAGGGUGGAAUAAUGAAUUUGUUGAGGCCGAAGAAAUAUUGAUGAGGCGUAGAGAUGGAAUUCCAAGAUGGUGCGUUGCUUUUGCCGAAGUGCAAUUAGUUAAACAUUUAAUGACAGGACAAGCUGUGGAGUAUCAAGAUCCAGAGUUAAUAAAUUCACUAAUGGAGGCAGAAAAGUUAGCUAGCAAGGUUUGUGAGAACAAGGAUGAUUUUGAAACAACAUUUGCUCUGUUUAUAACAGAUGUUUGGAAAACUGAUAUAAAACCAAUUAGUACACCUAAUGAAGAUGAGGCUGAAUUUGCAUCUCUUCGUGCAAACUAUCGAUGGGACUGCGAAUUGGCAAUGGCCGACAUUCUUCUUUUCCGGUCAGUUUUGCAAGUUAUUAGUGGUAGUGAGAUUAAAGGCGCGUUAAAUUUACGUAGAGCAUGGAAACUUUACUCCAAAGUUAAAGAUGAAAUUGAUCGAAUUAAAGGAGAAUCCAAUAAAAAUGGUCAUAAAAACGAGCCAAGCAGUGCAAAUAGUAAUAAUAGUAAUCGAUGGAGUCUUAUGGCAAUAUCUAGUGUGGUUAGACUUGGUGGUCAUACACAAGAGGGUUCAGGGGGUGUACAUGAUGCCAUCAACUCGAUAAAAGUUGAUCCUGACAUUGAAGAUUGUCUCGA